AUGCUCGGCGAGCCACAGCAAGAAAUUGCACAAAUCAUUUGUGCACAUGGUGCGACAAUUUCCACAACUCGUGCCACACUUCAACGUGCGCCCCGCUCGCUUCUGACGACGUCGCCCGACUCCACAUCGGAUUCUGAUGACAAAAUUGUGCGGAUUCUUGUCGAGGCGCUUCGCCGUCACGAUAUGAGUAUUAUCGUGUCGGAAUCUUUCGAUCAAUGGGCCAGAUUGGCUGCCGAGGCAAAACGUCUCGGCCUCAUCUCGUUCGUCGAAGCCGCGUGUCCUUCCACUAUUAGCAUCUCUUGUCACGCGGCUCUCUCCACCGGACGUAUCAAUCCAGAAGUCACGUUUCGAAAGGUUCUUCGAAUUGUGGUCUCCGGAAAAGUGAUCAUGUGUCGAGCGGUGUUUGGCGACUCGUUGAAUGAGUGCCGUGAUGGCGGUGGGACAGAUUUUGAGAUGGAUCGGUAUACGUCGAGAUUCUUCUUAAAGCACAGUAAUCUCGAGAAGGCGUUCGACCAGCUCGCCUCAUCCGGCUACCGGCUCAUCCAUUCGAACACGUUUGCUCCGUCACAAAUGCCUAAGCACGCGUCAAAAGACGAUUCCCAAUUCAUCCAUCACUCGCAAUUCGUUUUCCACCGUCAACCCAAGCUCUGCCCACCAACGGACACCACCACACCGCCGGCGAGCUCCUAA